AUGGCGGGAGCAGGUCAUAUUAGUUUUAAAGCUACUGCCACCAAAACGCCCCUCUGCAAGCUGAGCCGCACGGGUGCCGUGGUCGAAACAGACUCGGACCUGGAGAGCGUGCUCAGCCUGCCUCAGAUGAAGGCGAUGAAGGGUGAAUUCGCCAAUAGGGUUGAGGAAAUGAUGGCCACCAAAAGGCAACGCUCGACCGAAAGUGCCAAGGACACUCAGGCGGGCAAGCGGCAACGCGGGCCCAAGGUGGUUAUCCCUCAACCUUCUAAGACGAAGAAGCCCAAGCAGAAGGCCAAGGUGAGUGACGUGUCCAAGAGGCACCUCAUCGUGGCCCUGAUCGACCGCAGCGACGAAAAUGGGAAGAUGACGGCGGCGCAGUGGAAACAGGUCCACGCCCAGCUGGUAGACUGCCUUUUCGCGCGAAUGGAGGAAGCGCCUGACGCUGCCAUGCCCACCUUUGACGGUGCGGGAUGGCUGAACGGGGUGAAGAUCCUCAAAUGUAAUGAUGACCCGACGAGGAAGUGGCUGUUGCAAGUGGUGCCCAAAUUGGAAGCUCUGUGGGAGGGGGCCAAGCUGGAGGUAGUGGACAGGGAGAGGAUCCCUUCCAUCCCAAAGGCGAAGGUGCUCUUCCCCAUUGCAGUCCAGGGAGACCGAGCACUGAAACUUCUCCAGAGGCAGAAUACAGAGGUGCCCACGGCGGACUGGAAAAUCCUGCAUGCUGGUAGCCCGUUACCCAAUGAGGGGGGCCAGCACAUGAUCAUCCAGAUCAACAAGGAGGCAGAGGACAUCCUCUACCCGAGAUUCGGGAAGAUGGCAUGGGGCGUAGGCAGUGUCUACCUACGUCUCAAAAAGCGCCACCCCGAGGACAAGGACGCGCAUACCCUGCAGAGGAUGAGGACGGUGACCUGA